AUGUCUAAAAAAGCCAGCACAUUUGUCGUCGAAUCUGAAGGACUGGAUGGCCAUCUGCUUUGGUCCCUUCAUCACUUAGCAUACUUAGAUCUUGCAUUUGCAGAUGACGAUACUGAUCUGGCGCACGACUAUCUCACCAUUCAAUUUCACACCAUGUUCAAUUUUCAUCAAGGUGCUGCUCAUACUCUCCACUCACAUCGAGGAAAAUCCAGGAAGCACAGCUGUAGAUUUGUUGCUGUCAGAUCACCAGACAUCAUGCUGAAAGCUACAAUGUCUCACCCACCAUCGCUGAAGCUUGCCAAUGCUCUCAGUGACAUCACAACAACUCUUCUGAAUGGUGUCCUUCCUCAGGUCCAUGAUGAGUGGUUCAAAGGGUGUUGGAAGACAGUUGAACUGCCAUCCCAUCUACUGUGUGAUAAUCAUUGCACCUCACUCUCAGCCUCAAAAAUCAAAACUAUUGGGCCUGUAGUUACCGCCACCUUACCUUUACCAUCAUCCUCCCAAUCAGACAUUGAUUUGACGGGUUCAACACUUGUGCUAUCUGCUCUCAAGAAUGAUGACACCAGCAGACAUGCCAAAGUUUAUCCCCCUGCUAUCAGGUCUGAAAUUGACACUGCUACUGAAAACUCAAAUGGUACUGUUGAUACUCCCACUAACACUUAUGAGAUCGAUGUCAAUCUAUGCACCUGUGAACACCGACAAGAUGUUGUGACCUUUGCGGAUGCAAAGACUCUCUUUACAGCAUAUUGGCUUCCACAUGGUGUGAUAUAUGAGCUCUAUGCCUGUAUCAAUGAAGACACUGGGUUUGAGAGGGAAAAUUGGGGUAAUGUUCUCAUGGAGAAUCUAAUUUAUGAGACCAUGCAGUCCUCCAUUUUAAGGGUCAUUCACAAUGUUCACACCAGAGUUUAA